UUCAUUGGGUUAGCAUUUGAGGAGAUUAUAACACCAUCUGGUUCCAUUCCUGAGAACUUUUCUGACUUAUCUCUCUACUCAAAACAAGUAUUGAUUUGUGUAUUUCUAAAUAUCUCAAGUUCUGGACUACUGUCAAAGAAGUUUCCAGUGAGCGUUCCUGACGUUCUUAGUGGCCAAUAAGCUAAACCUCACUGAAAAUGCAAGAAGGAAGCACCAGAGAUCAGCUCGCCACCUUUUUCUCAAGGAUGUCCCUAAAUGAAGCUGAAUCAAACCAACUUAGAGAAUUCUGUCAGAAUUUACCAAGACUUCGACCCCUUGCAGAGAUUCUACAAAGAAACAGAAGACAGUCUCAAGUAAACACCAGAGCAAAUUAUCUCCAAAUGGACCCACUGACAGUGAAGGUACUGAGUGCAUCAGAGCCAUUUGAAUAUGAGUCCUCAGAAAAUGAGUCCAAAAAAGUGUUUCAUGCUACAGUGGCUACAGAGAAUAAGUUCUUUCAUGUGAAAGUCUUGGACAUCAACUUGAGAAGAAAUUUCACCAGAAACAGAAUCAUUACUAUAUCAGAUUAUGUGCAACGAGAUGGUAUCCUAGAAGUAAAUGAAACCUCUACUGUAUCUAAUGCUCGUUCUAACCAAACGGUUGUGGUUCCAAACAUAAUCAUAAAUAUAGCAGUGGAACCCUUGAGGAUUUAUAUUAUUGAAAUGCUAGCUUCUGGAACGAUUAUCAAUGGAUCAUAUACGCUACAUAGGAAAUCACUAACAGGUCCGAGAACAAUCUAUGAAGUUCAAGAUGAUACAGGAAGCAUCAUUGAAGUGGUGGGGAAUAAAAAAUGUCAUGAUUUCCCCUGCGAAGAAGGAGAUACACUUCAAUUCUUCUUCUUUCGACUGCAAAAGAGAAGAGGCACAAUCAAACUAUAUAGUAACACACAUAGUUUUAUCCAGCACAUCUAGGACAAGAAAAGAAAGAAAGAAACACUCAAUCCAGAUGAAGAUAUGGAAACUUCAUUAGAGACUUCCUUCUAGAACCUUUUUAAAAAUUUAUUAGCAUUAAUUUAUAAAUUAUAUUUGUUAAUCCAUUCGAUGGGCACUUGGGCUGCUUCCAUGACUUGGCAAUUAUGAAUUGGGUUGCAAAAAACAUUCUUGUGUAAAUGUCUUUGUUGUAAAGUGAUUUUGGGUCAUCUGUAUAUAUACCUAGUAGAGAAAUUACAGAAUCCAAUGGCAAGUCUACUUUUAGUUCCUUAAGUGUUCUCCAAACUUCUUUCCCGAAGGGACGUAUUAGUUUGCAUUCUUACCAACACUGCAGAAGUGUUCCCUUCUCUCCACAUCCAUGCCAACAUCUGAAGUUUGGGGAUUUUGUUAUGUGGGCUAAUCUUACUGGAGUUAGAUGAUAUCUCAAAGUGGUUUUGAUUUGCAUUUCUCUCAUGAUUAAAGAUUAUGAGCAUUUUUUCAUGUGCCUGCAGGCGAUGUGCCUGUCUUCUGCAGAGAAGCUUGUGUUCAAGUCUCUUGCCCACAAUGAAAUGGGAUCACUUGUUCUUUUUUUAUUAAUAAGUUUGAGUUCUCUAUGAAUUCUGGUUAUCAAACCUGUGUCAGAAACAUAACCGGCAAAUAUCUUCUCCCAUUCUGAGUGCUGUCUGCUUGCUUUACCUACUGUGUUCUUGGCUGUGCAGAAGCUUUUUAGUUUGAUCAGAUCCCAGAAAAGUAACAUAAUUCAUUAAUGUAAUUUUGGUAUUGCUUUGAUUGCUCGGGGGGUUCUCCUCUUACAGUAUUCUCCCAGGCCAAUUUCUUCAAGUGUUUCCCCUACACUCUCUCCAAGAAUCUUUAUAGUCCCAUGUCUUAAGUUUAAAUCUUUUAUCCAGCCGCAGUCAAUUUUUGUUAAUGGUGAAAUGUGUGGGUCCAGUUUCAUUCUUCUACAAAUUGCUAGCCAAUUCACCCAGCACCAUUUGUUAAAUAGGGGAUCUUUCCCCUAAUUCAUGUUUUUGAUACCAUGGAAUAUUACGCAGCCAUAAAAAAGAUGAAAACUUUGCCUCUUUUACGUUUACAUGUAUGGAGCUUGAUCAUAUUCUUUUUGGUAAAGUAUCUCAAGAAUGGGGGAAAAAAUGCCCGGGUGGCACCUGUGACUUAAAUGGGUAGGACGCUGGCCCCAUAUGCCAGAGGUGGCAGGUGCAAACCCAGCCCCAGAUAAAAACUACAAAAAAAAAAAAAGGAAAAAAUGCCCAAUGUACUCAAUAGUAUUAUGAAAUCAAUACAUAAUCACCCACACUUUCAUAUGAAAGAUAAGACACAAUUAUAGCCCAAAAAGAAGGAGAGAAGAGGAGUACAGGUGUGGGGGGGACAGGCAGAGGAAGGGUAAUCAGAAGGAGGGUAAUUGGUGGACCUUACCUACUGUGCAUGAUGUACAUGUCAAAUAUACGAAUAAUACAGUGUAUGUGUCUAAACACAACAAUUAAAUCAGUGAGGUGAAUGAUAUGUUAACCGGUUUGGUAUAAACAUUCCAAAUUGUAUAUAAAAUCAGAACAUUGUACUCCAUAAAUGCAGUAAUGUACACAAUUAUGAUCUAAUAAAAAAUUAAAAAUAUAAUAUAUAAUGCAAAAAUAAAUUAAUUAAUUUACAUUAAUUUUUAUAAAUUUGAUGGAAAAAACUACUUUUUUAUUUUAUUUUAUUUUAUUUUUUGUAGAGACAGUGUCUCACUUAAUGGCCCUUGAUAGAGUGCCAUGUCAUCACACAGCUCACAGCAACCUCCAGCUCCUGGGCUUAAGCGACUCUCUUGCCUCAGCCUCCUGAGUAGCUGGGACUAACAGGCGCCUGCCACAAGGCCCGGCUAUUUUUUGGUUGCAAUUUAGCCAGGGCCAGGUUUGAACCCACCACCCUUGGUAUAUGGGGCCGGCACCCUACUCACUGAGCCACAGGUGCCGCCCACAAACUACUUUUUCUAAAAGAGUGCUUCCGCAGCAGUCUCUUCAACCCAUUUGUUGAGUUGCUCAAAAGCAAAGUGUGUGGCUUGCAAAUCAAAGUGGAGCAGAAGGACCUCAUAUCUGGACUUCAUUUUUUGGGUGUGAUUUCACCAGAUGAGGCCCAGGUCAAGCGUGAAUAAACUGCGUCCUGCACACAGAAGCCAGGCUUGGCAGCCUGAGUGAAAUAUAGCCUGUAGGUCAAUUGUCAAGCUCUGUGUUCUGCAGAGACAUUGCUCUAGCCCAAAGCUGUGGAUGUCUUUUCAGAAUUGGUUUCCUAUCAAGGGCACAACCAGGAUUUCCUCUGCUGAGUAGGACACAUUCUGUGAUUCACAUGAAGGUACUUGUAUUUUAGAAGAAUUUCUCACCCUGUCUGAUGUGAAAUACCUGGCUUCAUUCAUUUCUUCCAUACCAACAGCUUCUCAACAGGUCUCAAAUCUUAUUUCCUGGUUCUCACAUUCCACAUGUAAGGAAAGACUUAGACAAUAAUUAAUUAAUUUCUUUAGAGUGGAAAAAAGAAGAUAUCAAAACUUAAGCUUACAACAUAUUUACUGAUCACAUAUUUGAUACUUGGUAUUUUGCAGUUAUUGUGUGUUGUUUAAUCUUUGAAAUAGCAUCAGAGAGUUGGUCAUUUUCUCCUUUUUAUUUGCCUUAUCUAAGGUAUAAAAAGGUGAACAGAAAGAUAAAUUCACUCUCCUAGUGACACUUAGGUCUAGGCAAAUUAUAGUCUCAAAUUGGAAUCUAAGCCUGUUAUUCUGGUUUGGAGUAGAUGUCCUAAUUUUGGGGACCAGGGAUGAGAUGAAAAUGAAACAAUGAAUAAGACAUGAUUCUACCCCAGAUGGAGAAAGCUGAAAAGACCCUCACUCUCACUCCCAUAAUAAUAAAGUGAAAUAAUAUGCCAAGUCACAACCUUAUAAACCCAGAUUCUAUAGUGGCCUGAAGCUAUUUAUGACCAAUUAUUCUAAGGAAAAAAGGCAUUUGAGUUCUACUGUUACUGUUUGGGGCCAACUAUACAAAGAAUAAAAGUAGUUGUUUCCCCUACACUGCUCUUUUCUGAUAUGUUUUUCUUGUUGUUGUUUUUUUGGCCGAAGCUGGGUUUCAACCCGCCAACUCUGGCAUUUGGGGCCAGCGCCCUACUCCAUUGAGCCACAGGCGCUGCCCUCUGAUAGGUCUUUUAUGAGAAGCCAUGGUAGAUAUAUACACCAGGGCUGAGAUCUUGUAGACUUUUUCUGUUUGUUGUCAAUGAAAGAAGUUUAAAAGCUACAAAUCCAGUUUCCUCCUCUAUUGUGGGAGGUAGAUAGGUUGACUUCUCAGCAGUGUGCCCCACCUCAACCAUGGGAUAACCAAGGAAAAUGCCUGCAGAUGGCAAUUCCUGGGGGUUCUUCAGAAUCACAAGAGAGGAAAAGAAUCCAGAGGUGCCCCACCCCUGGUCAGGACCAACUAGGCCCAGGCAUUUGAGAGUCAACAGGGGAGAUUAAACUCUUCUAAUAUGUAGUUAAAAUAGAAAACCUGGUUUACUUUCCCUACCUGAACAGAACUGGCUUCUCCCUCCCCAUCUAUUUACGUACACUCCAGGUUGUUUACCAUCCCCCUGCCCCUCACCCUGGCUUUGUCUCUGUCCAGUCAUCCCAGGAACUUGGGAUUCUUUCAACCCUCUCUUUUGCAAACGCACCUUUGUUAAAAACUAAUAAAAACCUUCUGAAGAAGCCAGGAAGGGGCUUCUGUUAUCCUGGUCUACCCAGUCUGAGUUAUUGCUUCCAUUUCUGUAAAAGCCUGCGGUUCUGUAAAAGCUGGAGCCUGCUUCUGCAGCUUGAUUCAAACUGACCAGUGAGAAAGGUCCCUAUGGGCUGGAAGUUUUUGACCGGAGAUAAA